UUCUUUACAAUGGAACAAACACCAAGUGUCAAACAUGACAACUUUCGAUUCGUAGCUCGCAUCGACCCCACCAAGCGUAUCUUACACGCGAAUAAACAAAAAGCACGUCUCCAUCGACAAAAGAAACAGCGGCUUCAACCACCAAUUACUCAUGAACCCAACUCGAUUGAUACUACGGAUCUACCGUUGAUCCUCCAAAACUAUGUGAUCUAUAUACAUACCAAACUAGACUGCGACAAAUUACGCACCCUAGCAGAAGGACUAGGGGCUACUGUCAAAAAAGAGAUGGACAAGGCAGUGACUCAUGUGGUCAUUGGUAAAGAACACCGUUUGAUUCAAGCCUAUGAAAAAAAGAGCAUUGUGUGUGUAUCACCUAAAUGGUUAUGGACCUGUUAUUCUACACGGCGACAUCAUCCUCCUGUUUCUUUUCCAGUGGAUAUCAAUGAAGAUCGAUACAUGUUGGACGAACAUACAGAAAUCAACAAUCCAUUUCAAACAGAAUAUAUUGAUUAUGAUGCAUUAGAACACAACAAACCCAUUCAAGGACAAUUACGCAUGGAUCAGUUCUUAGAGGCAGAUCCAAUCAGUCAACAACAGGACGAAGGCAGUGAUGAGUUCUUUUAUAACCAGACAGACAGUGAAGAGAGACGAAAAGCAGCAGAGAAACGAUCUCUUCAAGCACAGAAAUUGAUUGAACAAAGACAACGUGCAUCAGUAGCCUCAUCCAGUUCAGCACAGCCUACUAUUCGUACCAUUGCAGGUCAUAACAACACUGUGUUUGGUGAAGAGAGACUUAGGAUCUGGUAUGGUGAACAAUCUUUGGGUCAAAAGAAGCAAGCUAUUUCACUUAAGAAAUCACGCAAAUCCAUUUCAAACUCACCACCACCCUCAAUGAAAAAGAAACGAACUUGAUUCUUUUUUUUUUUUUCUUUCUUUCUUUA